AUGAAAAAUGAUCAUUAUCCUUCAAUAAUUAAGUUGUAUGAAUGUCGUUGCGAGAGAAAUUCAAUAUCACCUGCAGAACGAGAAAAAUACAGGCCGCGCAGUCCGCCAGAAAACGAGCAUAAAAAAAUGAAAAAAGAAGAAAAAGAUAUUGGUCAUAGUGAUGGAGAAAAGAGUGACCAAGAUUUAGUAGUAGAUGAUGCUUCGGAAGAGCCUGUUUCUCCAGGACCACACAACGGCACAGCAAGUCCACGAGAAAAUGGACAUGGUGGUCCUGGAAGCGCCCAACAUCUCGACAAAUUACCACCUAAGAAAGAACAUGCUUCGCUUGGACCUCAUUCACCUAGAUCAGGAACGUCGAGUAAUGCAUCUACUCCAUCAACAAAGAAAUUGGAUGGUGAUAAACCGCCAACGCCUAUCUCCAAAUCAGUAACUCCGACUAGUGGCGGAUCUAGUGGAUCAGUUGGAGGUCCUGGAGGCUCUGGAUUGAAACCCGUCGUCAAACCGCCUGCUUUGGGGGCCGGCUAUCCUCACUAUUUAGCUACUAUGAAUGGUGCAGGACCACAUGAUCUGCAAGCAGCAUAUGGAGCAGCGAGUGCUAUGCACAAUAAUUUGCCGGCAGCCCUCAAUAAUUAUCCGCGACCACCACUACAGGUGGGCUAUGAUCCUCACCAGCAAAUGCGCGCUCCUUUAGGACCAGCCGGUUUGGGAGCAAUCGGUGGUGGAAAACCAGCAUAUUCUUUUCACGUGAGCGCUGACGGUCAGAUGCAACCAGUACCAUUUCCUCCUGAUGCACUAAUAGGUCCAGGAAUACCUCGCCAUGCCCGUCAAAUUAACACACUUUCUCAUGGUGAAGUUGUGUGUGCGGUCACCAUAUCAAAUCCCACUAAGUAUGUGUAUACAGGAGGCAAAGGUUGUGUAAAAGUAUGGGAUAUUUCACAACCUGGAAAUAAAAAUCCAGUAAGCCAGUUAGAUUGCUUGCAACGAGAUAAUUAUAUUCGUUCAGUGAAACUUCUACCAGACGGUCGUACACUAAUAGUUGGCGGUGAAGCUUCAAAUUUGUCCAUUUGGGAUUUGGCGAGUCCCACUCCACGGAUCAAAGCCGAACUGACAUCUUCCGCGCCCGCCUGCUACGCCUUAGCCAUUAGUCCAGAUUCAAAAGUUUGCUUCAGCUGUUGUAGCGACGGUAACAUAGCCGUAUGGGACCUCCAUAAUCAAACUUUGGUGCGACAGUUCCAAGGGCACACGGACGGCGCCUCCUGCAUCGAUAUCUCCGCCGAUGGCACUAAACUCUGGACCGGCGGCCUAGACAACACCGUACGGUCAUGGGAUCUUAGAGAAGGCAGACAAUUGCAGCAGCACGAUUUUAGUUCGCAAAUAUUUUCAUUGGGAUAUUGUCCUACGGGUGAAUGGUUAGCAGUUGGUAUGGAAAAUAGUAAUGUUGAAGUGCUCCAUGCAUCUAAACCAGACAAGUAUCAAUUACACUUACACGAGAGUUGUGUAUUGUCGUUGAGAUUUGCUGCUUGCGGCAAAUGGUUUGUUUCAACAGGCAAAGAUAAUCUUUUGAAUGCUUGGAGGACACCUUAUGGUGCCAGCAUAUUCCAGAGGCCGUCCAAUAAUCAAGAAAUGUUUGACAAAAAUCCAUGA